UCCGAUGUCACCACGGCUGUCCCCAAUGUCCCCAGGAGGACCUCUUCCGCCCCCCGAUCUGCGGCGGUCCCAACCGGGAGCACCAAAAGGACCCACAGCACCGCCGGCCCCACAACCACAGGGCUGUGCCUCAAUGGGGGGCGCUGGAUGGGGUCGCUGUGUUUGUGCCCCCCAACGUCAUCGGGGAGCGGUGCCAAUUUGGGGCGACCACCUUCAACCUCACUGCGGCUUUGGGUUCUGCCCUGCUGAUGUCCGCCCACGUCUCCAACCGCCCCUUCCUGGAGGAAAUGGGGAACCCUUUGUCACCCCAAUUCCGGGCCUUCGCCUCCCAAUUCCGCCACGUGAUGGAUGGAGUGUAUGGGAAGGUGGCCGGGUAUCGCGGCGUUCGGGUGUUGGCAUUGAGCCGUGGCAGCGUUGUGGUCUCCUAUCGGGUCCUCCUCCGGACCCCCCCCGGACCCCCCCAAAUUAGGGACCUCCUGGGGGUCUCCGCCUCCGCCAUCCGACCCCACAACUGCUCCAACACCACAGGCCCUCUGUGCUUCUCGGCUUUCUCCCCCCUCUCCCUCUCGUCUGAAUUGGAGCUCAACGCCACCGAGCUGUGCCGGUCGCUGGCGGCGCCCCACUUCAGCCCGUAUUACUUCGCCUACCGCCUGAACGGCAGCGUCCUCUGCAUCACCCACUGCAGCCCCGGAUUCCCCGACGCCAUCGACUGCCACCGCGGGCUGUGCCGGGUCACCUCCGAAGGGCCGCGCUGUUUCUGCCCCGAACUUCCGGGUUUCCUCUCUUCCGGCGAUCGCUGUCAGACCCACAUCAGCCGUGUGGGGCUGGGGGUGGGGGUGGGUGUGGGGCUGGGGCUGCCCCUCCUCCUCCUCCUCCUCCUCCUCCUCCUCCGCGCCCCAUGGGGGAGGAAGGGCGCCCCCAACAGCACUUCUGGCAUUUACCACGUCAACAGCAGAGCUUCCCAAAUCCACAGCAAUAGAGUGAACUGAGUGAAUGAGUGAACUGAGAAGACCCCAAUAGGACUGGGAUUGAACUGGGAGGACCCCAAAUGCAUUUGGGGUUGAACUGGGAGGACCCCAAUUGAACUGGAAUUGAACGGGGAGGACCCCAAUAGGACUGGGAUUGAACUGGGAGGACCCCAAAUGCAUUUGGGGUUGAACUGGGAGGACCCCAAUAGGACUGGAAUUGAACUGGGAGGACCCCAAAUGCAUUUGGGGUUGAACUGGGAAGACCCCAAUUGAACUGGAAUUGAACGGGGAGGACCCCAAUAGGACUGGGAUUGAACUGGGAAGACCCCAAAUGCAUUUGGGGUUGAACUGGGAAGACCCCAAUUGAACUGGGAUUGAACUGGGAAGACCCCAAUUGAACUGGGAUUGAACUGGGAAGACCCCAAAUGCAUUUGGGAUUGAACUGGGAAGACCCCAAUUGAACUGGGAUUGAACGGGGAGGACCCCAAUAGGACUGGGAUUGAACUGGGAAGACCCCAAAUGCAUUUGGGGUUGAACUGGGAAGACCCCAAUUGAACUGGUUUUGAACUGGGAAGACCCCAAAUGUAUUUGGGGUUGAACUGGGAGGACCCCAAUAGGACUGGAAUUGAACUGGGAAGACCCCAAUUGAACUGGGAUUGAACUGGGAGGACCCCAAAUGCAUUUGGGGUUGAACUGGGAGGACCCCAAUAGGACUGGGAUUGAACUGGGAAGACCCCAAAUGGGGUUCACCCCAUAACCCCACCACCCCAUUGUGAUGUUGUCAACCCCAUACAUUGUCACCCCAUAACCCCAUCACGUUGUCACCCCAUCACCCCAUAAUCCCAUCACCCCAUAACCCCAUCACCCCAUCACGUUGUCACCCCAUAACAUUGUCACCCCAUAACACUGUCACCCCAUAACCCCAUCACGUUGUCACCCCAUAACCCCAUCACGUUGUCACCCCAUAACAUUGUCACCCCAUAACACUGUCACCCCAUAACCCCAUCACCCCAUCACAUCGUCACCCCAUAAUAAUGUCACCCCGUAACAUUGUCA